AUGUAUUCUUCAAGGCUUAUUUCGGUGCUGGUCGUGGUGGUGUCCAUCCUCUGCAUGGCCCAGGCCACUUGGUGGGACAACCAAAAAGUUCACCACCGUGGAUUGAUUCGACGAGCGGAUUCCCUUUCCGGUGCUCUGAAUGACUUGACCGGCUCUCCAAGCCCGAGCAGCCCACCCCCAGCAUCCUCGACUCCAUCACCGCCACCGGCCCAAAGCUCCAGCUCUUCGUCUGCUGAUUCUACAUCCUCCGAUGAAGGACAAUCAAGCACCUCUGCUCCUCCAUCUUCUACGCCACCUCCGGACUCAUCUUCUUCUACAACCCCUGCCCCUGGCAGCACCACCAGCUCUCCUUCUUCCACCUCGGCUGGUUCUACCACUGCUCCUUCUGACUCGACCACACCUUCUGCCUCUGCUCCAUCCACGACGCCUCCCCCCCAAAGCACCUCGUCUAGCGAUAAGGGGAGCAGCGAGAACAAGACAAGCGCCGGAGGAGACAACAAGGAUGGAUCUUCUGAUAAGUCGGAACAGCAAACUACCUAUGUCUCAACCAAGGUCGAAGUUGUUGUUAAGACCAACUCUGAUGGCUCUAAGCAAACCCAAACUACCACGACAAGGACCACCGAGACAGCAGCCCUCAACGCCGAGAACUCCAAAGCUACUGGCAUGUCAGUUCAGACCCGUAACACUAUUAUCGGUGUCGUCGUCGGCGUUGGCGGUGCCAUCAUCCUCGGCACCCUCAUUCUGGUCGCCUUCCGAGUCUGGGGUCGCAAGAAGCAUGCCGAGGAAGCCGAUGGCCUCAUGGCUUACAACGCCGACAUCGUUGCCGCCGAGAAGUCUCCCCGAGGUAGUUCAUCGGGUGGCCAGCGGAAUCCGUUCCAGUCGACGCUGGAGAACUACCACCAGCCAGUAAAUGCUUCGGCCAACUUUUAA